AAUUCAGCAACUAACUAAGUAAUUGCAAACCCCUAAUUAUCUUUUCUUCCUCCUCUCCAUCCGACCAAAAACUUUUCAUUCCUUUUCCUUCCCCAUCCAUUCACUCAUUUCCCCUCAGAAUUUCUUUUCCUAUUUCUCACCUCUAGGGUCUAGACCACGUCUGAACCCUAAUCACCUAAUCCCAAACUCAGAAUCGACAUUAAGGAUAGUUACCGACUCACAGAGCCCAACUCCUAGCUACGGACGUCGCGAUCAACUCCAACGAUUUGGCCGUCCCCUUCACCUGAAUACCUUUUCCUUUCUCCUCAUCCACAAUCAUCACCUACAUCCUCUCUGUCGUCGCUGGUGAUACUCUCAUCACCUCCGGUGAUUGUCUAACCUCGUGUGGCAUUUUUCCCUCUUUUCCAUCAUCGUCAGUAAAUCGAUAAUUAUUUGUUUAAUUUUCAUAUGUAUUAACCAUUAGUUGGUGUGCUCGCAUCAUUCCUAUUUCCUCCGCCCGUCAAUAGUUAAAGAUUUGCCGUCUGGCUGAUGAUGGAUGGGAUAAAAUUGAAAAAACAUUCCAUCUAAACUUGAUGUGCAAAUUACAGGAAAUAUAAGGAUGAACAUUUUCUUGUUCCCCAUUUUUCUUUUGGGUUGGAGUUUGGGGUAAAUGGUGAUGCCAAUGGUGUCAUGGUGGGAACUGUUGAGUUGGAAGAUAGCAAAGCUUGUGAUGAAAGUGAAAUUGGUGUAACUUCUGCUGACGAGGAUUUUCAACAAGAUCAGGAUGAUAAAGUGGAUAAACAGUCUUUGGGUAAGGAUGCAAUCCUGGAUGGAGUGCCCUCUGCAGGAACAGUCCCAGCAGAUGAGCCCUAUGUGGGACAGGAAUUUGAAUCUGAAGCAGCUGCCCAUGCAUUUUACAAUGCUUAUGCUACACGUGUGGGAUUCAUCAUCCGUGUAAGCAAACUCUCUCGAUCAAGGCGUGAUGGAUCUGCCAUUGGUCGGGCUCUUGUUUGUAAUAAAGAGGGUUAUAGAAUGCCUGACAAGCGUGAAAAAAUUGUAAGACAAAGGGCAGAGACGAGGGUUGGCUGCAGAGCAAUGAUUUUGGUGAGGAAAGUAAGUUCUGGUAAAUGGGUUGUUACAAAGUUUGUUAAGGAACACACUCAUCCUUUGACACCUGGUAAAGGCCGAAGGGAUUGCAUUUAUGAUCAAUAUCCGAAUGAACAUGAUAAGAUCCGUGAACUAUCGCAGCAGCUAGCUAUAGAGAAAAAGAGAGCAGCAACGUAUAAAAGGCAUUUGGAAUUGAUAUUUGAGCAGAUUGAGGAGCAUAAUGAGAGUCUAUCAAAGAAGAUCCAACAUAUAGUAGACAGUGUGAGAGAGAUGGAAAACAAAGAGCAGCAGAAUCGUGUAUAGGUCCAGUAAAUUUUGCUCUUUGUUUUUGCUAAUUUUUUUUUCCUUCUUUGGAAAAAGGGGUAUACAGAAUGCUUUUGGGUAGCAACUAGCAACAGAUUCUCGUGGGUUAGAUGUGACAUGCUGACUUCCUCUUCUUAGGUGUCCUUGCAGAAUCGUUAGUUUACCCAUUGUGAAAAUGUUCUGAUUUAGCAGCAUUCAUUUGGGUAUUGGUAUAUUAUGUGAGCACAUGAUGGGUAAGAGAAAUAGAGAGUUGAUGUAUAGUUCUCCAGUCCCAUGGUCUUUACGGUUGUGCCAAAUAUGUGAAAUUGGCCUUCGAUGAAAAGGGCAUCACCGAGUCCCUAGGAAGCUCGAAAUUGCAUUCCAUUGCCAUUUAUGUAGAAUUUCAUUUCAGUUUCUUGCUUGGUAUAGCAUGGGAAUGUAUUUCUUUUCUUCUUCUUCUUAUUAUUA